AUGGGUAUCUGCAUAUCCUCUGAAUCUUCAGCGAUUCAUGGAGCGCCUGAAGAAGCUCGUGAUGAAAAUGUAUUAGUACUGUUUGAAGCAACCAAGGUUCUAAGGGGACUUUGCUCUGCUUACACUAAACAAGGUAGCAAAGGAUUCAACCAAGAUGCUGCAACCCUUUGUCAGGGUUAUGGGACAACAAACGUAGCAUUUUGUGGUGUUUUUGAUGGGCAUGGAAGGAAUGGUCACAUAGUGAGCAAAAUAGUAAAUAGCCGUUUGUGUCCACUCAUACUGAACCAAAAGAAAGUGCAUGCAAAGAUUGAUAAAAGGAACAUCCGAAACCAUGUGGGCACUGUUGAAGACGACUCAUCGGCUAUACUAAACAAGAAUUUUGAGGAAUGGAAAGAAGCCAUUCUUGAUGGUUUCAGGGUGAUGGACAAGGAGGUGAAGCUACAAGAGAAUCUGGACUGCUCUUGCAGUGGAACUACGGCUGUAGUUGUCAUAAGACAGGGUGAGGAUCUUGUCAUAGCUAACCUUGGUGACUCAAGAGCAAUCAUGGGGACCAUCUCCGAGGGUGAAAUCAUGCCCAUUCAAUUGACCACGGAUAUGAAACCUGGAUUACCUUGCGAAUCAGAACGGAUAAGAAGUUGCAACGGCCGUGUAUUUGCGUUGAAGGAAGAACCACACAUCCAACGAGUGUGGUUACCCAAUGAGAACUCCCCAGGUCUAGCCAUGUCUCGGGCUUUUGGAGAUUUCAUGCUAAAAGACCACGGUAUCAUUGCCAUCCCAGAUAUUUCGCAUCGCACCCUGACAUCUAGCGACCAAUUUAUUGUUCUUGCAAGUGAUGGGGUGUGGGAUGUUCUGAGCAACAAGGAGGUUUCCUCAAUUGUGUGGGCAGCAGAUACUGAAAAAGAAGCAGCAAGGGCUGUGGUGGAAGCAGCAACUUUAGCAUGGAAAAACAAGUAUCCAUCUUCUAAGGUAGAUGACUGCACUGUGGUUUGCCUCUUUCUCCAGAAGAAACCACAGUUCCUCCCUGUCAAAAAUGGAAAUCCCUGA